CUUCCGUACGUAGCCUUUUUGGCUCAGACACGUAAAUUUGCACCACCCGACCGAACAAUGAAGUUGUUGUUUGUCGUUCUUCUUCUGACAGUCAACUUAUCUGCAGGUGAGGAGGUGUCUCCAAUAGGAAAGUCGAUCGAGCUCAUCAGCAGUCUACAAGCCAAGAUCAUUUCGGAGGGUGAGCAAUCACAAAAAAUCUACGAGGGUUUCUCAGAGUGGUGCGAAGAGACGAACAAGAACACAGCGUACGAGAUCAAGACGUCGAAGACGGAAAUCGCGGACCUAACCGCGACGAUCUCGCAGGAGACGGCGCUUAUAGAGUCGCUCACCACGAAAGUGGAGGAGCUCUCCAGCAAGAUCAAGGUGGACGAGCAGGACCUCAAAGCGGCCACCGAUAUACGGGCUGCGGAGGCAGCCGACUUCGCGGCAGAGAAGCAUGAGCUCGACUCCAUCAUCGACACCCUCCAGAGGGCCAUCGGCAUCUUGGAGAAGCACGCCGGCUCCGCGCUGCUGCAAGAGCGCGGCGCGGCAGCACUCACGAAGGCGCUCUCCCUGAUGGUGCAGGCGGCGGGGUUCAGCUCCGCUGACGAGAGCCGCCUGACUGCCCUGGUGCAGGAGUCCGAGGACUCGUUCGAUGACGAUGCGGGUGCGCCUGACGCGGCCACCUACGAGUCCCACAGUGGCAACAUCGUGGACACGCUGCGCCGCCUCCUCGAGAAGGCCGAGGUGCAGCUGCGGAACGCUCAGAACAGGGAGCAGAAGGCCCUGUUCGAGUUCCAGCAGCUGGCGCAGAGCAUCGAGGACGCCAUCCGCUACGCUAACAAGGAGCUCAGCGAGGCGAAGAAGGGGAUCAACGCCGCCGGCGAGAAGAAGGCCACUGCCGAGGGGGACCUCGAGGUGACGAAGGCGGACCUGGCCGAGGACACCCGCGCGCUGGAGGACCUGCGCACGGACUGCAUGACGAAGGCCGAGGACUUCGAGGCGGAGACGAAGAGCCGCGGGGAGGAGCUCGGCGCGCUGGCGCAGGCCAAGAAGAUCAUCUCCGAGACGACGGGCGGGGCGGGCGCGCAGGCUUACCCGAAGAAGGAAGAGCGGCGCCGGCACGAGCUCUCGGAGGUCCUCCGCGGAUCUCUUGGAUCGGCGCUGGGCCCCCUCACGGAGGCCCCCCGCGCCGCACCUGGCGCGCUCCGCGCGCCAGGGGGGGGGGGUCCAGCGCCGAUACAGGAGAUCCGCGCGAGCCUCCGCCAGCUUGUGCCACGGAAGCGCUUCCCUCUUCUGCUUACAGCGGGGGCCAGGAGUCGGGAGCGGAAGAAACACGCGAACGCAAGCAAAUGUCGGCUUCCAAGAAGAUAUGGGGAAAUCUGGAAGAGGUGGGGGGAAGACAAACAUCAAGAGACUAUUGGAAAAUAUGGGGAAUCCUUUGAUUGUGUGUUAUGUGUGUACUUGUUUGUGUGUGUUCGUGGGCCCCUUCAAGGAGGAGUCCUUCGUCCAGGUCGGCAGCCGCUCCCGGCACUUCGAGGCCGUGCGCCUCGUUCGCGAGCUGGCGCGCAGGCAGCACGCGCCCUCGCUGGCGCAGCUGGCCAGCAGGAUGGCCGCGGUCAUGGACGGCGGCCUGGGCUCGGAGGAGGACGUCUUCGCGAAGGUCAAGGGGCUCAGCCCGAAGGACAGAGCGGGCAUGAUCGACCGCCUGGAGGCGGAGGCGCGGGCGGACGCGAAACACAAGGCCUACUGCGACAAGGAGCUGAGCUACGCGGACAAGAAGAAGGGCGACAGGGAUGCGGAGAUCGAGAAGCUCGCCACGUCCAUCGACCAGAUGACCUCGAAGUCGGCCCAGCUGCAGGAGGAGGUGGCGCUCCUGCAAAGGGAGCUCCAGGACAUAGCCGCGAGCCAGGCCGAGAUGGAUAAGAUUCGGCGAGAGGAGAGACACAAAUUCGAAGUGGAGAAGGCGGAUCUUGAACUCGGCAUCUCUGGCGUGAAGGCGGCCCUAAAGGUCCUGCGCGACUACUACGCAAAGUCCGCAGACCACGACACCUCGUCGGGGGAAGCUUCAACCAUCAUUGGACUUCUGGAAGUCGUCGAGUCUGAUUUCGAAAAGGGACUCUCCGAGGCGACGGGCGAGGAGGAGAAUUCACAGUCCGAGCACGACACGCUGACCAAGGACAACGAACUCAGCACAACGAGCAAGGAGCAAGACGUCAGAUAUCCAAUCAAGGAGUCCAAAGACUUGGAUAAGGCAGUAGCAGAGACGUCCUCUGACAGAGACAAUGUGCAGACAGAGCUGGAGGCAAUCGAGAAAUACCUGGCAAAGCUGCACGAGCAGUGCGACGAGAAGGCUGAACCUUAUGAGGAGACCGUGAAGAGGCGCAGCGAGGAGAUUUCGGGACUCAAACAAGCCCUGGAUGUUCUGGACGGCCAGGCCUCGUUGCUGCAGGAGUCCACACAACGCUCGCUGCGCAAGGUCACGCGCCACGUCCUGUGAUGGGCCCUCAGCGCUGCGCGGAAAUACCGCCACGGUUGCGAGCAAUCACAUGCAAUCACCCGCUCUCCUCCUCCUCCUCCUCCGCCUCUUCCCUCACCUCCUCCUCCUCCUCCUCCUCCUCCUCCUCCUC